ACAAAAUGGCCAGCAAACCCAAACUGGCGGUGGUGCAGCCCAGUUAUCACACGCUGGUUUCGAGUUGGCCUCCCAAGCAUCAGUCACCCUUGAUACUCCUGCUCCAUGGAACAGUGGCAGGUUGUGGGCUAGAACACAAUGCUCAUCGAGUCAUCAGACUCUUUCGGAGGAUUCACCUGUGCUACAGCCGACUACGGCCGUGGCCAAGUUGCAUGCAAUGGUGCGGGCGAGCCCCGCCUGCAUCCCUCGCAGAAUUCACACCGGCAUCAAACGGGGGCCCAAGACACUCACCACAUCAGCCUCGUGGAUGGCCUUAACUUACCGAUCUCGAUAACUCCACAAGGUGGCUCCGGUGAAAAAUGCACCACGACCAGUUGUGGCGUUAACAUUAAUGCAGACUGUCCGUUGAAUCUGGCUAUUACAAGGUCUGAUGGGAGCAUUAUCGGUUGUAAAAGCGCUUGCUUGGCGUUCAAUGAACCGCAGUACUGUUGCAAAGAUCAAUACAAUUCGUCAAGUACUUGCAAACCCACAAGCUAUUCAAUGUUCUUCAAGAACAAGUGUCCUCAAGCUUAUAGUUAUGCUUCUGAUGACACCUCAAGCACCUUCUCUUGCAGCGGCAGCACCAAUUACUUAUUACUUUCUGCCCAUAAUGAGUUCCGCUUCUAUGCGAUAAUAUAAAGGUUGUAUUUCUUUCAUUAUGGGGUAAAUUCUUCUUUUAAAUUUGAUUUAUUCUUUUCAUUUUCUUUUAUUUCAAUUACGUCAUAAUGUAUAUCAAUAAUGUAGAUUCCAUUUCUUUCUCUUUUUGUGCAGAAUUUUUAUCUCAAAAUAAGGUAAGUUUUUACUUUAGUUUUUAUUUAUUAUUUCUUGUAAUGUUAGUUUAUAGUUUAUAACAUUAUUUCAUAUAUACUUAUUCUUCUAGUACUUGGAUUUUGCUUUGAAUUUCAGCUGUUGAUUGUUUGUAAUAUGACUAAUAGAAAUAAGCACAAAUAAAAAUCACAAUGCUGC